CUUAUGGUUAACGACGAAAUUCAAAAUGUUUAUGUUGUUUCAAAUAUUAAAAGUUUUAGUAUUUUCGUAUAAUUUUUAUUCGAGUAGUUUCUAAACGUAAAAGUGAAUUUUAUCUGGAUCAAAAUGCCAGGUAAUUCUCUAGGACGUAGAUCAUCUACAAAUCCUGUAAGAGUAUCUUCGUUUGAUAGAGAAGAUAAAAGUUUAUUACGAACAGAAUCUAGAAAGACACAAACAUUAAAACCUAGGAUUUCCUCAAAUGAAUGUUCUCACAUACCAAGGCUUCGAAUGAGAGCUUCUUCAUGUGAUAGAAUAAGUAUCAAAGGAUUGGCAUUAAAAUCAACAGGUAAAACUUCAAUUUGUCAUGCGCCGACAACUCCAAAAACACCAUUGACAAAUUCUAGUAAACCAAGUCUUCUUACAGUAGGAAGUUCAAAUAAGAUUCACAUAGGACUUCCCAGAGGACGUAGAUCUUUAUCAGCUGAUAAUGCUAACAGUAUUGCUGUUAAGGGUUCGAGAAAAGAUACAAGACCAUUAACAGAUAAAGCAUAUCAAGCUUAUAUGCUUAAUAAAAUUGAUAACUUUUUGGCUAUAAAUCAAUGUUUUUCUAUGCUUAAUAGCAACGGAAGUUUAAAACCUGUUACUUUAAAAAUGUUUGUUGAAAUCUCAGCAUAUUUAGUAAAAAUGUUGGAUAUUAAACAAAUUCUUACAAUCACAAAUUAUGUGGAGGAACUGCCAAAAGUUGCAAAGAAACUCCACUAUCCAGGAAUUGUUAAUAAAUCAUGGUUAAAAACUGCUAAUGCUAUGCAUUCUUGGCCUAAUGUUUUAGGCUGGUUAUGUUGGCUAGUAGAAAUUUGUGAAAUUAAAGAAUUAGCUUUUGAAAAGUAUAAUUUAGAUAAUUUACCAUUUGUGGGGAAUCAAAUAGAAGCUAAAAUUAAUAAAAAUGCUUUUUUCUCAAUGUUAAAUUUCUAUAACGCAUGGAAUGAUGAGAAACUGGAUGAAGAAGCAUUAAUGGUUGAAAAAUAUUUACAAGAAAUUGAAGAGCAACAAGGUGUAAAUGAAGAAGACUUAAAAAUUGCACAUACUGAAUUAGAAGAAAAAUUGCUGAAAUUACAAGCAGCUAAAGAAGAUUCAAAUAAAAUAGAUGAAGAAAUAAAACAUCUACAGGAAGUAUUUUCAUCUCUGCAGAAUGAUGAAGAAAAGCAAUUGAGUGAUAUCAAUGCAAAAGAGGAAUAUAUAAAAACAAUUAAUUUUGAAACAGAUCAAAUAAAAGCAGAAUGCAAUAUAUUGUAUGAACAAAUUUGUUUACAAAACACACAGCAUGAUGAAUUACUUUCUACCAUUAAACAACAACCAAUGUCCAAGAUGGAGAGAGAUAAAAUUUUAGAAAAAUGUACAGAAAUUCAGAACUAUAUGCAUCAAUUUGAUGAACAUUUACAAGAGAUACAAAAAGAACUAUACACCAUGGAUAUUAAAUUAGCAUCUAUUAACAAUAAUUUAACUAAGGCAAUUUUAACAUAUAAUAAAGAGAUAUUUAUGCACCUUAGUGGUGAUAUCGGUGUAAACUUAGAAGAGUUGAAGAUGCCAGAAAAAGGUAUAUUGCAACCUAAAAUUAUGGAAGUACUGACUACAAAAGCUAACUUAAUGAAUGAUUUAAAAGAAUUAUUGAAGUCACAAAUUACUAAAAAAGAACGUUUGUUAGAAUCAAAUUCUAAUGAACUAGAGAAUCUUCAGGAGAGAAUAAAAAUUUUAGAAGAUGAAAGUAGUGAUGUUGCCAAUAAAAUUAAGGAAAAGAAAAACAUUAUGAGUAAAAUUAAAACUGAUGCUAAACACGAAGAAGCAAAACUAAAAGAACAAAUAAAAAAUCUGCAAAAUGAUAUUAAAGAAAUUCAAGAUUUAAUGCCAAAUACUCAACAACUUGCUGCAGAGUUAAAUGAAGCAAUAGAUAAACUGAAUGCAGUUCAAAGAAGAAAAAUGUAUAUAGAGGAAUCGGCUAAACUAUUUUUUAAUAAGUUUUAUGAAAUUUUAGGUGAACAUAGGAAUAAACUUCACAGUAUAUUAAUAAAAUCUAAUAAAUAA